AUGAACGGUAAUGUUGCGUCGUCAACUCUCAAGAACAAGAAGAACCCCGGAGUAAACUUCUACAGAUUCCCAUCGAAACUGUACCAAGUCGAGAAAAUAUUUUUCUCUGCAUGCCGAGACAGGGAUGUCUCCAAACUCAGCUACUUCCACAAGCCCGGAAAGGAGCCGCUUCUGACCUGGACUGUUGGAGACGUCAUUGACAGAGCCACCGACGUCUUCGGGGAUACCACAGCGAUGGUAUACACUCACCAGAACAUCAGCAAGACAUACACGGAAUACGGAAAAGACGUUGACCAACUAGCUGCAGGCUUGGUGUCUCUCAAACUUCCUGUGGGUUCCAGGGUUGCCAUACUCGCUCCAAGGCUCUACGAAGGGGCACAGCUUCUUUAUGCAGCACCCAAGGCGGGACUUGUUAUGGUUGGCAUCAACUUAACUUGUUCGGUUACUGAACUUGAGUUUUGCCUGAAUAUGGCAGAGUGUCCGGCUCUGAUCAUUGGGGACAAAUUUACUACUAAAGAUUACUACCAGAUGCUGCUUCAAAUUGCACCGGAACUAGAGAAUUCGUCUCCGGGAGAGCUGAACAGCAAAAGGCUACCGUUUUUGAAACACCUCAUCACCAUAGGCGACACUCGGAAACCCGGCAGUAUGACUUUCGAUGACCUCAUGAAUUCCGUAACGGCUGAGGCCUACGCCACCAUGAACUCCCUGUCGGCAAGAGUGCAGUUCGACCAAGACGCUUUCAUCCAAUAUUCCUCGGGCACAACGGGGCAGCCCAAGCCAGCGCGACUGUCUCAUUUCAAUGUUGUCAACAACGCCAACAUUCUGGGCCGCUUCGUUGGAUACCAUGAACAGCGUGAAUCGAUCUGCGUAAACUCUGAGCUAAUACAUGGAUCAGGCAGGACAAUGGGCGUGUUGGCUGCCACGCUGUUCGGAUCUACCAUUGUGAUGGCGGGACCUACCUUCUUGCCCAAAUUAGCCCUCGAAGUCAUCACAAAACACAGGUGCACGAUGGUCUACGGUUCAACGACCUUGUUUUUCGCCAUGGUUCGGGACCUUGAAGAAGGAGUACAUGACGUUUCUUCGGUUAGAAAAGCAAUAAUGGGUGGAUCCUUAUGUAAUCCUGCCACCAUUGAAAAAGCGAUCGCAAGUUUGAAUGCCCAACAUCUAUACAUUGUAUACGGCGCCAGCGAAACCAGUCCGGUCAUCACUUGCACAAAUCCCGGUGAACCAACAGAUCGCUGGAUUCGAACGCUUGGAACGCCGCUGGAUAACGUUGAGGUAAAAGUUGUGGACGCUGAAGGCAGGAUGGUUCCCUGGAACAUGAGGGGUGAGCUGUGCACUCGAAGUCCUUAUGUCUUCAACGGAUACCUCAACAAUGAGGCCAUGACGAAGGACGCUAUCCGAGACAACUGGUACUACACAGGGGACGAAGUAACAAUGAGCGAGGACGGUCGGAUCACAUUUGUGGGCCGCAUCAAGGAGAUGAUUAACUUCAAGGGAUUUAAAGUGGCGCCACUGGAAAUAGAGAACAUUCUGAACACGCACCCAGACGUGGAGGAGGCUCAGGUGCUUGGAGUACCGGACGAAAGGACGGUAGAGAAGAUUUGUGCGUGGAUCAAACUGAAAUCAGAUAAAAGUUUAAGCCAAAAAGACAUCACAGACUUCUGCGAGGAAAAAGAGCUCCCCGAGAUAAAAGUUCCGGAAUUCGUGCUGUUCGUAGACUCUUUCCCGAGGACUCACACAGGAAAAGUUCAGAAGAACAAGAUGCGUGAGGAAAGCAUCCGAAUCUUCAACCUGUGA